AUGGCCUUGCAGCUGCCGCUCCAUCUGGCUCUCCUGGGGCUUGGCAUCGCUGGGUCCUUGGUCCAGGGACGCAGCCUCCAUGCAUCCGCAGCCGGUGGGCGGCUGGGAGAGGUCAGAGCUUUGGGAUUUGGGUUCCCACGGUACCCGGAUGAACGCUACUUCCAUCCCCCAGCCUGGCCAACCCUCUUUGGUCUCCAAUCGCCCGAGGUCACCCAGGACCCCCUCCAGAUCCCGAGCAACGGGAGCGCGCCUUUACUGGUGACGGUGCAGGUGUUCGUAUCUAACGUGUUUAACGUGGACAUCCUGCGAUACACAGUGUCCUCGGUGCUGCUGCUUCGACUGUCCUGGCUGGACACCCGCCUGGCCUGGAACGCAAGUGUGCGCACUCAACACGCGAUCACGCUGCCCUGGGACUCCAUCUGGAUACCAGGACUCACCAUUCAGGAGGCGCUUUGGGUGGACUGGCGGGACCAGAGCCCGCGGGCACGUGUGGACGCAAACGGCAACGUGGAACUCUACCUGGCCCUCACCACGGAGACCAACUGUGACUUCGAGCUUCUCCGAUUUCCCCGGGACCAGAGCAACUGUAGUCUCAGCUUUUAUGCGCUGAGCAACACGGUGAUGGAGUUAGCGUUCCAGGCCCACGCGGUCAAUGAGAUUGUGAGUGUCAAGAGGGAAUACGUAGUUCAGGAUUUGAAAAUCCAAGUCCUGCCCCAGCAGCUUGUGCCCUGUUUCCAGGUGACGCUGAGCCUGCAGAACACUGCGCUAAAGGCCAUCAUUGCUCUCUUGGUCCCUGGGGAGGCACUGCUGUUGGCAGAUGUCUGUGGGGGGCUGCUGCCCCUUGGGGCUCCGGAACGCCUGGGCUACAAGGUGACCCUGCUGCUGAGUUACCUGGUCUUCCACUCAUCCCUGGUGCAGGCACUGCCCAGCUCCUCCUCCUGCAACCCACUGCUCAUCUAUUUCUUCACUGUCCUGCUGCUGCUGCUCUUCCUCAGCACUGUGGAGACAGUACUGCUGACUGGGGUACAGGCCUACAGCAGUCGGGGAACCCAGAUCAGCCCUAGCCCCUGCCCAAGAAGUGGACAGCGAGAUCAUGGAGACCCAGGACCUAGUUCUCAAGGAGCCCCUGGAGGACGAAAGGGGUCAGGGAAGAGCUGGGCUGAGGCUGCCGACAGCAUCUUUUUCCUGGCGUACGUGGCUGGAGUUGUGUGCAGCCAAGCCAUUUUCGUGGGCAUCUGGAUGUGGGCAGUGUGCAAGUCAGACCCCGCCCCUGGAGAGGCUGCGCCCCAUGGUGGGCAGCCCCGGCUGUAA